AUGAUCAUGCUCUUUCUGGAUGUGGCUUCUUUUGUCCGUGCCAUGGCGUCCAACACAAACUUGACUGAACUCUAUUGUUCGAGCCACCCGCUGGCUCCACACACAGCAUCUUUGUUGGCUGACAUGCUCGCUGCCAGCCCAAGCCUGCAGUCCUUGUGCGUGGGGGACAGCUCCCUGGGAGACGAUGGAGUGGCUGCAUUGGCGCGCGGUGUCGCUGCCAGCAGCCUCACCCGUCUGGACUUGUGCAACAAGGGUCUGGGUCUGCGAGGGGCCGCGGCGCUCUGCACCGCCUUGGCAGCGGCACCCUCGCUCACCCACCUCCUCCUAAACAGCAAUCCCAAGCUGUCGGACGACGGUCUACAUGCGCUAUGUGGGGCUGCGGUCUGGGCGGGUUUGCGGGUGCUGGAGAUCCAGGGCUGCGGUGUGACGUGUUCGGGUGUUCGUGCGCUGGCGGCUUCGCCCAGCUGCUACCGGCUGGAGGUGCUCCGACUGGACGGCAACCCGCUGGGACCGGAAGGCGGGAAGGCUAUCGGGGAGCUGCUGGGGGCCGCACCGCAGCUCAGAGAGCUAUCGCUGAGGGGAACGGAGCUGGGGGACCAGGGCGGAGAGGAACUGGCUGCGGCCCUGAAACCCAGAUCCAAAUCCACAUCUAGGUCAGGAUCUACAGAAGCUGCCGUUGGAGCAGUAGAUCUGCGCCCAGCGCCACCCAGCCGCAGUCCGCUGCUCCGUCUGGGCCUGGAGGAAUGCGGUCUGGGACCCCGGGCGAUGGCCGCAUUCCGAGACGCCUUCUUCGCGGGUGCCCGACUGGCGGCCCUGUGUCUAGCGGGAAACACGGAGGUGUCGGAUGGGGAUGUCGCCCAGCUGGGGGGCCCCCUGGGACCGCUGGCGGGAGCGGAGGAAGAGGAGGAAGAGGACGCGGAGGGCAGCGGCGAGGCUCGGCCGCCGCGGCUGACGCAUCUGGACGUGUCGGGCACCUCGGCGGGUCCUCAGGCGGUAGCGGCGCUGUCCCGGGCAGUGGGUCUGCGCCACCUCAGCAUGAGUCUGGAGGUGGGCGCCAACCCGGGUACCCAGGAGGGGGGCUUCCAGGAGCUUCUAGACGUCCUCCGCACCACCCGGCCAAACCUCGCCCUAUACUGGCGCUCCGGAAACGACCCCGCACCCCCCCAGUCCGGUGUGAGGUAG